AUGCAUGUUGUGACGUUUGGGGCCAGUGUGGCACCACGGCCGAAUUCUGCACUGACACAGGUACUGGAGCGCCAGGGACUGCUGAGAAAGGCACCAAUGGUUUUAUUUCCAACUGUGGAAUGGAGGUGGUCCGCGGUGAUGCCCCUGUUUGUCUUCCGCAGCAUCGCCUACUUUGAGGGUUAUAGCUUCAGUAGUCGCGACUGUCUCUACCAGGACGCGUUGCAGAUCGACGGAUGGAAGUAUACGCAUCUGCACUUUGCGUUCGGAACUCUCACAGAGGACUAUCAAGUCAUGUUCCAAGAUGAUUUCACCAGUUAUGAGUUCCAGAACUUCAUGCAAAUUCCGGGCCCAAAGAAGAUCCUGUCUUUUGGCGCACUUACAACCUGGGAUCAGUCCGGCGGGCCGUACACCAAUGUGCCCAACUACCCCUGUAUCCCGCACCAGGCACCAGACCACUGCGGCGACUUGACGAUUGUCGACCAGACCAGCGAUGCCUCCCCCAGCGUGUCGGACUGCAUGCAGAUCGUGAACAUCCAGAACACGGACGGCGAUUGGGAGGUCGAGAACGCGAUCGGCAAUCAGCACCAGCUCAUGCAGUUCGGCUCGUGCGCCUUUGGGGUCCAGGGCCAGGGGAAGAACGGCAACAUCGACUUCAACGUUGGUGCUCAGGACAUUGUUGAUAUCAUUACUGACUCUGUCAGACAGUUUGGCGGGUCUGGAAAGGUUGGUGCGAUGGGGGUGUUGUCUUGCGAUGGAACAGUCAAGGGCCAGCAGGUUGAAUGGGGCUAUAUUAGCUGUAUGAUGUGCUUGUAUACUUCUAGCGGUAUGAUAGGAGAAUUCAGCUGCUGA